AUGGAGUUGUCAUCUUUUGUCGAGCGUCUACGAAGCGGCGCACCGCCCAAGUUCCCCAAUGGCGCUAACUCGCUUGAGUUUGCGCGCAAUUUAGAUUCGCAGGAUAAGUUGAGCCAUCUCAGAGAUGAGUUUGUUCUUCCUACGAAAAAGUCUUUGAAGAAAAAGGCUCUUGAUGGGUCAAUUCCAAAUGGUGUUGCGCAAAAUGGAAGCGUCACCAAUGGAAACGGUACAAAUGGUCAUGAUGAUGGUGACCAGCAAUGCCUUUACUUUGUCGGUAACUCCCUUGGUGCUCAACCAAAAGCCGUAAGGGAACAUCUCAAUGCACAGCUCGAAACAUGGGCUUCUAUCGGUGUAAACGGUCACUUCAGCGCAAUGGGCAACUCACCACUACCCGCAUGGCAAGAUCUUGCGGAGGACUGCGCUAUCCGAUCCGCUGACAUUGUUGGCGCUUCUCCUCAUGAGAUUGUUAUCAUGAACACCCUCACAGCCAACCUUCAUCUCCUCAUGGCCAGCUUCUACAAGCCCAACGAGAAGCGCCACAAGGUCAUUCUCGAAUGGAAGCCUUUCCCUAGCGAUCACUACGCUAUUGAGAGUCAAGUAGUCUGGCACGGUCUUGACCCCGAGAAGAGCAUGGUCAAGAUUGAGCCCAAUGAGGAUCACAUCAUCACGACCGACCUCAUUCUUUCUACCAUUGACCAGCACGCCGACGACACCGCUCUUCUCCUUCUCCCUGGUAUCCAGUACUACUCCGGCCAACUAUUCGACAUUCCCCGUAUCACAGCCUACGCACAAGCAAAGGGAAUCGUCGUGGGCUGGGAUCUCGCACACGCAGCUGGAAACGUUGAGCUCAAGCUUCACGACUGGAACGUUGACUUUGCAUGCUGGUGCACAUACAAGUACAUCAACGCCGGUCCCGGUUCUAUCGCCGGUGCUUAUGUUCACGAGCGUCAUGGAAAGGUUGAGAUGAACUCUGAGACAGGCAAGGCUAGCUACAGACCCCGUCUGAUGGGUUGGUACGGAGGUGACAAGAGCGUGCGAUUCAACAUGGACAACAACUUUAUUCCCACCGCUGGUGCAGGAGGAUACCAGCUAUCUAACCCCUCCGCCAUCGACCUAGCCAGUUUAUCCGGUGCUUUGAGUGUGUUUAACAAGACAACCAUGCACGAUCUCCGCUCAAAAGCUUUGGUUCUCACAGCAUACGCCGAACAUCUCCUCGACCAAAUCCUUUCAGAGUCCAAUGACUCGGAACUAUUCCGUAUCAUCACCCCACGAGACCCUCUGCAGCGCGGAACACAAUUGAGUGUAUUGCUGAAGGAUGGUCUGUUGGAUAAUGUGAGUGCAGCUCUGGAGGAGAACGCUGUGAUUUGCGAUAAGAGAAAGCCUGGUGUUAUCCGAGUUGCGCCUGUGCCGCUGUACACAAGGUUUGAGGAUGUUUGGAAGUUUAUGCAAAUCUUGAGAGGGGCUUUGAAGAAUUAG